AUGGAUGAAACUGAAGAAACUAAAUGCGAUGUUUUUAAAGCAGAAAAAGAAUCUGUGAAUAAAUCAUCGCCGGAUGGGAAAGAAUCAACGGAUACAUCGAAGAAAAGUCUUCAAAGUAUACGCGAUCAACUUCAAAAAUUACAUGACAGUGAUGCGAGUGCACAAGACCGUUAUCAAGAAUCAAACGAAUUAUAUUCUGAACUGAUCGAUUAUAUUGCGAGAGCUACAGAUGCUGAUGCGAAUGAUAUUCAAAUUUGUGCGAAUCUUUUUGAAAAAGUAAUGCUACAGGUUCCAUCUAAGGCUUUUUCGCAAGAAAGAAUAUUGUUCACACGUAAGGUUUUCUUUAAAUCUCUCAAUCUUCUCUCUAAACAAGAAAGAUACAUGUAUUUCCAUGAUUAUCAACAAACGACAACAGCGCAAACAGAAUUUUAUAAACCGGUGGUCCGUGCACUUCUACGCAUAGCUUAUAUAAUUGUUGGAAAUAUGCAUUUUGUUAAGGAAGAUACUGCUAGUCGCAAAUACACUAAAUUAUUCUGCGCGAUGUGUAAAUCGGUGGAACGCAGUGUAUCUGACGCGACUGCGAACUGCACUGAAGAAGAUGAUGAUCUCGACAGUUUGACAAGUUGUAUUCUGUCGUUUAUCUGGAAUCUAUCAGAUUCUACAAUUGUUGUACCAUGGUUACUCGAUACUGAGUUGCCGAAAAUGGUCUUAAAAUGGUUGAAAGCAGUGACCUUAUCAUCUGCAGCAGCUGAACAAUUCGUCAGUAUCAUUCAUAAUAUCUCGAGACACAAUGACGGCGCCGAUGAACUUAAGAAAUUUGACGGACUGUGUAUUCUUCAAAAUAUUCAAAAUGAUAACAAAGAAGAGUUGCCUGAUAAAAACAAUCUUCUCAUUUCCAUGGCCAUAGCCCAUCUGUCUACAGUCGAACAAAUUCGUUUAGAUAAUAAACGCAAGAACACAAUUCUUAACCAGCUAUUACAAAUGACUAUUGAUGCCGCCCAAGAGGACGAUUAUCGUGACGGCGAUGGUUUUCAUGUAUCUGAGCCUUUGAUCGUGUUCGUCAAAUUAUUUGUGGAUGAUCGUUCACUUGAAUAUGUCUUGAAUCACGCAGAAACUGAUCCACAGCUAACAUUAUCAGCAACAAUUGCUUUAUUUGUCGAUUUACUCAUCAAGUUUCAAGAUUCAUCUUCUCUCAACGAUUAUCGUAGACAACUUGUAAUCACAGCUCUAUUAAAUAUUCUCUGGAGUAUUUCCUUUCAAGAUCGGUAUAAAACAAAACUGAAGCAAAAUGAUAAGUUAAUAGAGAUCAUCAAAACUAUAUCUCUGGAGAACGAUGAGAAAAUGGCCGAUCAAUACGUUUCACGAUCUAUGGAAAGUCCGAAAAAUGCUUCUAAUGGUAUUCUUCACAAUCUCAACGUGACAUCGCAUAAGGAGGAAAAUGUUAUCGCGAGUCUGCCGAUUGCUUCAAAUGCGGGCAAUAGUAAAGCAAUGAUUAUGAUUAGUUAUGCUCAUGAUAACGAUCGAUUUUGCGAUGAAAUUCUUAAAGCAUUAGAAAAAGAUGAACAUCUUUUUCGAAUUUGGAUUGAUCGUGAUCAUUGUUCAUCGAGUGAAGAUUUAUGGGAAAAGAUUGCUCGCGGUAUCGGAGAAGCUAAUCUCGUCGUAUGUCUUCUUUCGCAAGAUUAUUACAACAGCAAGUCGUGUCGAAAAGAAAUUACUUUUGCUAUCAAACGCAAUAAACCCAUUGUUCCUAUCUAUUUUGGUGAACCUGGUGAUUGUGACUGGCUUGAUAUCCAUAUUGCUGAUCGUAAAUAUGUUCGUUUCAAAAGCAACACAAAUGAACUGGAUGCUACUAAAACUCGAGAAAUGUUGAAGACGAUCGAAUCUACCAUCAGCGAAACGAAAGGAGGAUUAUUAAAACAACAACGAAUAAAACAGCAUAAUACAGCCGCACAAUCUCAAAAGGAAAACGAUAAAAUCCAGUCAACCGAUUUUGAUAAAGAGAAAUCGCCGGAAGAAUGGAAUCGGGAAGAUAUUCAGAAAUGGUUUCAUACUCACAAUGUACCUGAUACGUUGGUGAAAUUAUAUGAUUUCCAGUCCAUGGCUGAAAUCAAUCAGUAUGCUUUGAAACUACAAGCAGAUCCGAAGAAUGAAUUUUUAAAAUAUGCUCGUCGUUAUGCCAAUGCUUAUGGAGGUGAUGAACUCGAAGAAUAUAUUUUUGAUCGAUUUAAAAAUUCUCUUCUCAAACUUCCUGUCAAUAGACGUGAAACGUUAAGUUUACCAAUGUCUUCUUCAACAACAUUGAAAUCAACUGCGUGUAUUCUUCUCUGA